GCUCGCGCACAGCUACAGCGCGUACUAACAGUUGAAACAGUUUCAUAGUGCAGUGAUGGCAUUCCUGCAAGGGCCUUCUUUGAAGCAAGCGGAGGUGAUGAAACAGGAAUGGGGGGAGGGUCUUGGAGACCUGGAAAGAGGGGUGCAAGAUCUCCAGAGUAUGCUUGCCGCUACUCCGUACUUACCAGACCCGGGUAGUGUAGACACUCACCUUCUGGGGCUAUUCGUCCGAGGUUGCCGAAUGGACUUGGAACGAGCGAGAAACAAGUUGGAGUCAUUCUUCCUCUCUCGGUCUCGCUUCAGAGACCUCUACGACAACAUCUCUCUCAAAGAUCCACCUCUUAGUGAAGUUUGCAAAUAUAUGGAUAUAGCGCCUCUACCAAAAGUAACGGACGAAGGAUAUCGUGUGACCGUGUUCAGGCUGCAAGAAAACUGUUUUGAAAGCUCGGUCGAAAUUUUACACAUGGUGCAAGCUAUUUUGCUCGUGAGCGACAUCAGAAUGCAUGACGAGACUCUCAUAGCCGGCGAUGUGUUCAUUUGGGAGAUAUCAAAUCUAAAGCCAUCACUAGUAGCCAAAUUGUUAGCUUCAGCGAACACGGUCCGUCGUAGCGUGUACUUAGCACAAGCAGCGUAUCCGCAACGGAUGAAGCGUAUCCACGUGGUGGGUGCCCGUCCCGUCGUCACCUCCGUUAUACAGCUGAUGCGCUCCUGUGUCAACGAGAAAAUAAAGCGGCGGUAUUACAUCCAUGCCAAAGCUGAAGAGCUACUAGAACACAUACCAGCUAGAGUGCUGCCGAAAGAUCUUAGCGGCGAGGAAGAAUCUAUAGACACCCUAGCGAGGCGAUGGCGGCAUCGAUCUGAAGAACUGAAAGACUAUCUUCAGAACCUAAAAGAAUUAUGCAAUGCAACACCAGCGCCAAUCAUGGACGCCGACAUAUACGGGACAGUCGGAGCGUUUAGAAAACUCGAUAUCGAUUAAAUAAAUUUAUGAACAUCACUAUGGGAGACUUCGUCCAAUAAGAAGAGCUUCCGCGUUUGCAACAAGAACUCAGAUUGGUUACUACCCUUACCAUUGAUUAUUAAAUAGUGAAUAUCGUGAUCGAAUCGAUAUUAUAAACAAAAUAAGGGGCACAAACCAAAGAAUGUGCAUAACAUGUUAAAUAUUCAUACUUCUAAUAAACAUGAAUAUGUUUAUUAUAACAAGUGUAGAAGUUAAUCCGAGCUGAACGGUUAUGAGGUAUUCAAUAAAUUAUUAUAAAUAUUGUGAUAUUCAAAAUAUUGUCUGGAUAUAAUACGGUAAUUUGAUAUAAUUUUUUUAUGGAUAGUAUAGUAUUAAAUGUUAAUAUU